GAAUGGAAUUUUCCAUUAUCUCACAUUCAGCAAAUUUCACGAAUACGAGACCGACGAUACUCUCAAGUACAAGAACGAAAGAUCUCAUCUCACAUUUAUUUUAGAAUUCCUGAUCUACUGACCACUACGAUCUACUUACGACUAGCUAAGAUCUCACAGCUCCGUUCUACAUCUGCUACCUAUCUGAAAUAUACCAUGGCCAAGCAGCAGAUCAGCCUUCCCGCUAAACUGAUUAAUGGUGGUAUUGCUGGCAUUGUGGGGGUUACCUGUGUGUUCCCCAUCGACCUGGUAAAGACCAGGCUACAGAACCAGAGGCAAGGUCAACAGAUCUACAAAAACAUGAUGGACUGCUUUGUCAAAACCGUUAGAUCAGAAGGAUACUUUGGCAUGUAUAGAGGUGCUGCUGUGAAUCUGACCUUGGUCACUCCAGAGAAGGCCAUCAAACUAGCCGCAAAUGACUUCUUCCGGCAGCAUCUUAGCAAAAAUGAGAAGGGCUUGACAGUGUUUAAGGAGAUGUUGGCAGGAUGUGGUGCAGGCAUGUGCCAGGUUGUCAUUACUACUCCUAUGGAAAUGCUCAAGAUUCAACUUCAGGACGCAGGAAGGCUAGCAGCUCAGCAGAGAAAGCCAGCCACGAUAUCUCCCGCUAAGCUGGCUGCCACCACCACGGUGCUGAGCAGGUCCUACAACGCGGGGCCCAGCACUGAAGCCAGGGCGGUGUCUGCUACCCAGAUCGCCCGGGAGGUUCUGCACACGCAAGGCAUCCAGGGCCUCUACAAAGGCCUCUGGGCCACCCUCAUGAGAGAUGUUCCCUUCUCCAUGGUCUACUUCCCACUAUUCGCCCACCUCAACCGGCUGGGACAGCCCUCUCGAGAUGAAUCAGCACCCUUCUACUGGGCUUUCUUCUCUGGCUGUCUGGCUGGCUCUACCGCAGCUGUGGCAGUCAAUCCUUGUGAUGUUGUGAAAACGAGAUUGCAAUCUCUAAACAAAGGCGCCAGUGAGGAGAGCUACAACGGUGUGGUUGACUGUGUCAGUAAGAUCAUGCGUAAGGAGGGUCCCUCUGCCUUCCUGAAGGGAGCAGGCUGCAGGGCGCUGGUCAUCGCUCCUCUCUUCGGCAUCGCACAGGUCAUGUACUUUAUUGGCAUCGGAGAGUUCAUCCUGGACCUGUCACCUUUCAACUAACUACCUGUCUGCAUGAGAUUAGCAAUCCUGCCUGGCUGUGCAUUGGACUCUCGCACGUCAGAUGAAGAAGUAUCUCAGAAAAAGACUGGCAGCUAUACACCAUCAGUAUAUAUUACAGAAAAUAAACCCAAGUAAGACUGAGGUGUCAGAGCUUUGGAGCCUGGAAAAAACUGAAAAAAGCAUUCUGUAGUUCUUGACUUCCUGUAUGGUCUAACGGCUGUACUGCACUUCCUCCAAAUGUUUUCCUGGCUUAUUUAAUGGGCUGUGACCAACGUUUGCACUUGAAAGUGCCAGUUUGCUGAACUGGGGACCGAGAACUGCAGCAGUGGCUCUGGCUGGGGAGUCCUUCUGGUUCCUCUUUGUGAGGGAGGUGGGGACCACUUCAACACAACCAACGACUGAAGGCAUUUUCAUGCCUUUUUAUUUUUUUUUAUUCAUUCAUUGUUGGUCUGAAAAACCCUUGGGGGGAUAAUUUAAGAUUCCGCUUUUGUGCUGUUGGUUGAAUGCAAUAGUGUGGAGUAAAGAGAUUUUGUGUGGGUAUUUCAAAGCGUCAAUCAUGUGACUUCAAGCCUUCAAUUCAUCCGAUUUUACAUGUGUGAAUUGAUAAAUUCACUGUGAUCGACUGAGGAGGCCUAAGAUCUCUAGAAAUACUCUAGAAGUAGCUUUUUAACAUUUUUAAAGAAACAUUUUUUACUGGCACCAUUUCACUGAGGUUUAGUUUGAGAUCGAUGGACCAAGCACUUAAUUGCUAUUCCACAGCAACAACUCAUGAAUUAUCAGCAUUGUUAAGCUUUUUGUAUUGUUUUAUAUUCUAAAUACUUGAGAUUCAUUCAUAUAAUGUAGUAUAUACAGUAGAGCUGUGGAGUGUACUGUUAUUGUCCAUGUUACUUCAAGGAUAUAGGUCAAGAUUUAGAUUAGUUUACAGUCAUUAUUUAGUUUCUUUUAAUUAAUGACAUGCCCCUAAAUUUCAUGCAAAUGGUUUUGAAUUUGCUUUGAGUGGAUUGGUAUUUCUCACACUGUAAGGAAGCAAUACUUUAUCUGGACUGACUGAGCCUGCCAAAUGGCAUCACUGAUACUAUCUGCUCCCAGGUCAUCUAACACAGGAAAUGACUGUUACUUUGCUUUGUAUGGCGUAUUUCUAGUUUUGUUUGGUAUAUGUUUAUCAAAUAAACAUUUAACAGCUGUCUGCUCUUAA